CCAUGGCUUCUCCUUCUCGGUUUCCUCUUCAACUUCAUCCCGUCCCGCCCGCUCUUCAUACAAUCAACUCGAUUUUCCCCUCAGCAAUCACUCUUCUUCUGCUUGUUCGCCGAAAUUCGAUAAUCGCCCGCUGGUCCAGACACGGAAGAAGUCAGAAAUGGCGAUUUCUUCCUGUCUCCGGCUUACAUUUCCUGUAAUUCGAAGAAGCCUCGAUUUGCCGAAGCAGAAUGCGCCUUGCCUCGGGUCUUUCGAGUCACUUCGACCGCGUCGGCCCACGGUUCUUCGUCCAAGAUUAAGAUCUACGGUCACCUGCUUCUCGCGACGGCCGGCGGAGUCCACUGUCUCCGGAGAAGAGAAGGAAAUCGUCCAGGAAGAAGAAUCGCAACAGUACGAAUUGGAGAGGCUGUUCUCCAACCUUAAUCAAGUCACACUCAAGCGAGAACCUGGAAGCUUAUCCAGCGCGAUUUUCCUGGUGGCUGGGACGACAAUUGGUGCUGGGAUCCUCGCCAUUCCUGCAGUAACUCAAGAAUCCGGAUUUCUAGCCUCAGCUAUUACGUGCACGUUUUGUUGGGUGUACAUGGUAAAGCUAUACCAGCAGCUUGUUGUGACAGGACUGCUAAUUGCUGAAGUCAAUGUGAACACCAUGUGCGAACUGGGUUCUGGUGGCGUGUCUCUGGUAUCGAUGGCCUUGAGAACUCUUGGGACAGUUGGCGUUCAAGUUUCUUGUUGGUCAUACAUUCUCAUUCACUAUGCGCUUCUGGUUGCUUAUGUGGCUCGUUCUUCAGACAUCUUGACCAAUUUUCUUGGCAUUCCCUUAUGGGAGAGUGCAACCUUGUUCUCUUUGAUUUUUGGAGGUAUAUGCUACUUUGGAAGCCAACGUUUAAUUGGUGCUGUCAAUGGAACCCUAGUACUUGGAAUCAUCAUUUCCUUUGCAGGUCUUGUGGCAGUCGCCAGUGGAGGCCUACAUUGGGAUGCUCUCGUUAAAGCUAAUUUCGAAGCUGUUCCUAUGAGUAUACCUAUAAUUGCCCUUUCAUUUGUUUACCAGAACGUGGUGCCAGUACUCUGUACGAAUCUGGAAGGAAACCUGACAAAAGUAAGGACAUCCAUUGUACUUGGCACUGCAAUACCUCUAGUUCUAUUUCUUGUCUGGAAUGGUGUCAUUCUUGGCACUAUUUCAAGCCUUGAAAUGGGAUCGGAUAAGAUUAUAGACCCAUUACAGCAAUUGAGAUCAGCAAAUGGAGCUGUAGGACCUAUAGUAGAAGUAUUCUCUCUUUUGGCGAUUGCAACAUCCUACAUCGGAUUUGUUUUGGGAUUAUCGGAUUUUCUUGCUGACUUGCUAAAACUACCAACUGGGGAGAGCAGGCCUUUGCCAUUCAUUUUGACAUUAAUUCCACCCCUUAUACUGUCAUUGCUUGACCCAGAAAUAUUUUUCAAAGCACUGGACUUGGCUGGCACAUAUGGAGUGUUGCUGCUGUUUGGAAUUAUUCCAGCUGCAAUGUCGUGGUCGGAUCGGUAUUCGGGUUCACCCCCGUCCGUGAAACUACCGGAGGUGGUUCCCGGAGGAAGGUUUACUCUUUCCCUCGUGAUCGGAGGUGCUGGAUGGGUAAUUUUCUCAGAACUAUUGAACAACCUUGGGCAUCUAUGAACCAUAGGGAAAUAAAUGUGUGGGUAAAUAUACAAGAAGGUCCCUAUUCUUUGGUAUAAUUUUCAAUUUAGUUCUUAAUCUUUUAAAAUUCUCAA